GAGCAGCAGCAAAUUUUCAAACGGGCGUACGCAACAAAAUGCCCCCUCUGUCUGCUCGCUCUGAACCGCAGACAACAUGAGCCGGGUCCCUACCCCCCGUAACAAGUCGUUCUCGCCAUGCGGAUCCACUGCAAAGUAGUUGUGAUCGGCGUGUGUUUUGGAGUUUUCUUACUUUUCUACUUUUGGGGUGGCAAUGUCCCGGACGCUCCGCUGCUGAAAGAAGUUUCGCUGGAGGAGGACAGGAAUUUUUCUUCGUCGUCGGUCACACUCGAUCGCGAUGUUGCGCCAAAGUUGGCUAGAAAAUCAACCACGGUAGUCGGGGUGCUAAUGAAAGAUGUCCCCAAAGGGCGAAAAAACUGGAAAGUGACCAAGCAAAGGAGUAACGCCAAUGCAAAGAGUAAAGGAGGACGGCCUGUGGCCAGGCGCACCCGUGUAGAGGAAAUCAUGCACUUGGCUAUGGUGGCAUGUGGACAUCGUCUGGAGGAAACCUUAACUCUUGUCAAAUCAGCUGUCCUGUUCAGCCUGAAAAAGAUCAAGUUUCACAUUUUUGCUGAGGACGUCUUGAUCCCUCAAUUUAAAGAAAAGCUGAAUCAGUGGCCUCGGUUUGUCACAGCCAAGUUCAAGUAUACCCUCUACCGAAUCACCUUCUCAGUGGGGAACGCAGAUGAAUGGAAGAAGCUCUUCAAGCCCUGCGCUGCUCAGAGACUCUUUCUUCCUGUCAUCCUCAAGGACAUAGACUCAUUGCUGUACGUGGACACUGAUGUGCUGUUCCUUCGACCCAUGGAUGAUAUCUGGAAAAUGCUGAAGUCUUUCAAUAGUACCCAGCUUGCAGCAAUGGCUCCUGAGCACGAGGUCCCGAAGAUUGGCUGGUAUAGCCGCUUUGCACGCCAUCCUUUUUAUGGCAUCUCAGGGGUCAACUCUGGUGUCAUGCUGAUGAAUCUCACAAGGAUCCGCAGCACAUUGUUCAAGAACAGCAUGAUUGCCGGCGGCCUGUCCUGGGAGGACCUUUUGCACCCACUUUAUCAGAAGUACAAGAACCACAUCACAUGGGGAGAUCAGGACCUCCUCAACAUUAUCUUUCACUACAACCCAGAGUGUCUGUUCAUCUUCCCUUGCCAGUGGAACUACAGGCCUGAUCACUGUAUGUAUGGGAGUAACUGUAAAGGAGCUGAAGAGGAAGGCGUGUCCAUCCUCCAUGGCAACCGUGGAGUGUAUCAUGAUGAGAAGCAGCCGGCCUUCAAAGUAGUUUAUGAUGGAAUACGUGAUUUCCCUUUUGACGACAACAUGUUCCAGUCACUAUUCUAUCCCAUCCAGGCCAAAUUCCUGGACACAGUAAACACCUUGUGUGGCCGGAUCCCUCAAGUCUUCCUUAAGCAGAUAGAAAAGACCAUGAGGAAGGUGUUUGAGGAAAACGUUAUUCGACAUAUCAACUGACGGCCAGUGCAAUAGACUUCCUAUUAAUGUGAGAAAAGGACCAAAGACCACUCUGUAACUGAAUGUCUGUCAUGCCAACCUCCCUUCAACUGAAUUUGUGGCUAGCAAGAAAGGAAUGGUAUUUGCUAAACUGUUUAUGUCAGCAGAUUGUGAUGUGGUCAUGUUCAAUACUUACAAUGUUUCAGUGAUAUGGUCCAUGAGCUUUCUACAAAUUAUGCACAGCCAAUUGCUUGUAACAAAUUAUAUUAAUAAUUCAUCUCAGUUAUUGCACCUGAUUUGUGGUACACAGUAUUUUUUCUUUUUUAUCUUAAACUUGAUCGAAAAAUUAUUCAUCUGCAAGCAUAGAGAUAUACUCUUGUCUAAAUGAAGUCAAGUUUUGAAAUUGGAAGGUUUUACUGCUAUGUAGUGAAUCCUAGAUUUUAAUGUGAAUGUUAUACUAAAACAAAUUACUUGAAAACUAAGUCUAUCCUUUUGGGUAGUUACCUCAUUGGUUCUUCAUAACAUCAGUGGUCUCUAAUUCUUUAUGCACAUCCAUUUUCAACAGAUCUGGAGAAAGAGCAAUGUCAUUUGGAGGUUCAUUAAUACAUGGGUGAUGUACUGUAUGCAGAAUCGGUGUUGUAAUCUUUCUUUUCCUCUCUGCAAACAGAUGUCCCAACGUAGGACUAUAAUUGGAAAAAGUGACACCCAAAACUCUUUCCUUAUGUUGAUUUCACACAGUAAUUUUUCAAAAUAUUUUGGCUCCCGUCAUUGUAAAACCACUUCCUUAAAACGUUACGCUGCUGGAAAUUGAAAAUCCUUCGUGGUUAGAAAGUACUGCCGAACUCUUUUUGAAGCUCAGCUGAGAGAAUAUGCCUAGGGCCAGCUCAGUGCUUGAAAUGUCUAAAAUCCCCGUGAUCAUAUGCUUUUAGAUUGCAGCUACUUCAUCUGUUGAGUUGUAGCCAGUUGUCACUUCUAUGGAAAAAAAAAAAAAACUACAUCAGAGCACACCAAAAUAGGAAGGAUAAAAGUAAUUCUUAAGAAUAAUACAAAGAAAUGAAUAAAUGUAAGUAAAACUGCACUUUUUUGAAAAUAUAUAGUAUUAUUUCUUUCUUUCUGAUUUAGAAUUAUUUGAUGCUUAGGAAUGGACUGCGCCCUGGUUUUUCUUGACUCUGCUUUGAUUCGAGGAUUGAAUAGAGAAUAGAUGGAAGUGUAGUGGAUUUUAUCACAUGUAUGUGUUGAAAUGUACUUUCACUGGUAUAUUUCAGCUAAAGUAAAGUCAGAUGGAUUAGGCUCCAGAGUCCCGUAGCCCUGAACAUUAUAAGCGGUACAGAAAUUGAUGGAAGCACAAAUGCCACAGGUCUCUGUCCACGUUGAUCAAAACCAAAAGUACAAGUGGUCAAAAGAACUAGGAAGAGAUGAGAUGCCAUAUAAAUAUUGUCUGUCAUGUUUACUGUCAACAAAAUGAACUAUUCAAAUGUUUGUCUUGUUUUAUAUUUUGAAAUGUACCUUAGUUUGUAUUGUGGUUUGAUGAUGGCCUGUAAUGUAUAUUUAAUCUUUGUUCAUGGUUGGACAGUCACAAUGUGUUUUUUGAAUAAAAC